AUGGUUAACAUUCCUAAGACCCGACGAACCUUCUGCGCUUCCAAGCAGUGCCGCAAGCACACCCAGCACAAGGUCACCCAGUACAAGGCUGGCAAGGCCUCCCUUUACGCUCAGGGUAAGCGCAGAUACGACCGUAAGCAGCGUGGUUACGGUGGUCAGACCAAGCAGGUUUUCCACAAGAAGGCUAAGACUACCAAGAAGGUCGUCCUCAGACUGGAGUGCGUUGCCUGCAAGGCCAAGGCUCAGCUUCCUUUGAAGAGAUGCAAGCACUUCGAGCUCGGUGGUGACAAGAAGCAGAAGGGUCAGGCUCUCCAGUUCUAA